CUGCGCAAGCGCGAUAAUAAUCCUGUGCCUCUGUUUCAGAAGUGAGCCGCCUCGGUGGCGAUUAGUAUCUUGCGUGUAUUCGUGACCGGCCGAGAGGCACCUUUGCCAAGAUGUACGAUGCGGACGAAGAUAUGCAAUAUGAUGAGGAUGAUGAUGAAAUCACUCCAGAUCUAUGGCAAGAAGCAUGCUGGAUUGUCAUCAGCUCCUAUUUUGAUGAAAAAGGUCUGGUUCGACAGCAGCUGGAUUCUUUUGAUGAGUUCAUUCAGAUGUCUGUGCAAAGAAUUGUAGAAGAUGCCCCACCAAUCGAUCUACAAGCAGAAGCUCAACAUGCUACCGGUGAAGUAGAAGAACCACCACGUUAUCUUUUGAAAUUUGAACAAAUUUAUCUGUCCAAGCCUACUCAUUGGGAAAGAGAUGGUGCCCCUUCACCUAUGAUGCCAAAUGAAGCCAGACUCAGAAAUCUUACGUAUUCUGCACCACUGUAUGUGGACAUAACCAAGACAGUUAUUAAGGAAGGAGAAGACCAAUUACAGACACAACAUCAAAAAACAUUCAUAGGAAAAAUUCCAAUCAUGCUGCGAUCCACGUACUGCCUAUUAAACGGUUUGACUGAUCGUGAUCUUUGUGAACUGAAUGAAUGCCCUCUUGAUCCUGGGGGCUAUUUUAUUAUUAAUGGAUCAGAAAAGGUUCUGAUUGCUCAAGAGAAAAUGGCUACAAACACAGUAUAUGUGUUUGCAAAGAAAGAUUCUAAAUAUGCAUACACAGGAGAGUGCCGUUCUUGCCUGGAGAACUCCUCUCGACCAACAAGUACUAUAUGGGUUAGCAUGUUGGCCAGAGGUGGGCAGGGUGCAAAGAAGAGUGCGAUAGGUCAACGUAUUGUGGCAACUUUGCCAUAUAUCAAGCAGGAAGUGCCCAUCAUUAUUGUGUUCCGUGCAUUAGGGUUUGUAUCUGACAGAGACAUCUUGGAGCAUAUAAUUUAUGACUUUGAAGAUCCUGAGAUGAUGGAAAUGGUUAAGCCCUCUUUGGAUGAAGCAUUUGUCAUUCAGGAACAGAACGUUGCAUUGAAUUUCAUUGGUUCAAGAGGUGCAAAGCCCGGUGUCACUAAAGAGAAGAGAAUCAAAUACGCCAAAGAAGUCUUACAGAAAGAGAUGCUUCCACAUGUUGGUGUCAGUGACUUCUGUGAAACUAAAAAGGCUUAUUUUCUUGGGUACAUGGUUCAUAGAUUGUUGCUAGCAGCUUUAGGGAGACGGGAACUAGACGAUAGGGAUCACUAUGGCAACAAGCGGCUUGACCUGGCAGGACCAUUGCUUGCUUUCCUCUUCAGAGGAAUGUUUAAGAAUUUGCUGAAAGAAGUUAGAAUAUAUGCCCAGAAAUUUAUUGACAGAGGCAAAGAUUUUAACUUGGAGUUGGCAAUUAAAACAAGGAUUAUAUCGGAUGGUUUGAAAUAUUCAUUAGCAACUGGCAACUGGGGAGAUCAGAAGAAAGCUCACCAGGCUAGAGCUGGAGUGUCACAAGUAUUGAAUCGUCUCACCUUUGCUUCUACACUUUCCCAUUUGCGACGCUUAAACUCGCCUAUUGGAAGAGAUGGUAAACUAGCAAAGCCCAGACAGUUGCACAACACUUUGUGGGGAAUGGUUUGUCCUGCUGAAACUCCAGAGGGUCAUGCUGUGGGACUUGUGAAGAACCUUGCUCUGAUGGCCUAUAUUUCUGUGGGAUCUCAGCCAUCCCCAAUUCUGGAAUUUUUAGAAGAAUGGAGUAUGGAAAACCUGGAAGAAAUCUCCCCAGCAGCAAUUGCAGACGCCACAAAAAUAUUUGUGAAUGGUUGCUGGGUUGGAAUUCACAAAGAUCCAGAGCAACUUAUGAAUACACUGAGAAAACUGCGACGGCAAAUGGACAUCAUUGUAUCAGAGGUGUCCAUGAUCAGAGAUAUCAGGGAACGAGAAAUUCGCAUUUAUACUGAUGCUGGUAGGAUCUGCCGUCCACUUCUAAUUGUGGAAAAACAAAAAUUGUUACUGAAGAAGAGGCAUAUUGACCAAUUGAAAGAACGUGAAUAUAACAACUACAGCUGGCAGGAUUUGGUGGCCAGUGGUGUAGUAGAAUACAUUGACACUCUAGAAGAGGAGACUGUUAUGCUGGCAAUGACUCCAGAUGAUUUGCAGGAGAAAGGUGUGGCAUAUUGUUCCACAUAUACACACUGUGAGAUUCACCCCUCCAUGAUUCUAGGAGUUUGUGCGUCUAUUAUUCCAUUUCCAGAUCACAAUCAGUCUCCUAGGAAUACAUACCAAUCUGCUAUGGGAAAACAAGCCAUGGGAGUUUAUAUCACUAAUUUCCAUGUCCGUAUGGAUACACUGGCCCAUGUGUUAUAUUAUCCUCAGAAGCCCCUUGUGACCACACGGUCUAUGGAAUAUUUGAGGUUCAGAGAGUUGCCAGCAGGCAUCAACUCUAUAGUCGCCAUAGCUUCAUAUACAGGAUAUAAUCAAGAAGACUCUGUUAUCAUGAACCGCUCUGCUGUUGACAGAGGGUUUUUCAGAUCUGUAUUCUAUCGCUCUUAUAAAGAACAGGAGUCCAAAAAAGGAUACGACCAAGAAGAAGUGUUUGAGAAACCUAGUCGUGAAACAUGCCAGGGGAUGAGGCAUGCCAUCUAUGACAAGCUGGAUGAUGAUGGUUUGAUUGCACCUGGCGUACGUGUCUCAGGAGAUGAUGUCAUCAUUGGCAAGACAGUAACUUUGCCUGAGAACGAAGACGAACUGGAGAGCACCAAUCGUCGCUACACUAAAAGGGAUUGCAGCACUUUUCUACGAACUAGUGAAACUGGUAUUGUUGACCAGGUCAUGAUUACCUUGAAUCAGGAAGGAUACAAGUUUUGUAAAAUAAGAGUACGGUCUGUCCGAAUACCACAGAUUGGAGAUAAAUUUGCUAGUAGACAUGGUCAGAAAGGUACCUGUGGUAUCCAAUACAGGCAAGAGGAUAUGCCAUUUACCUGUGAAGGUAUCACUCCUGAUAUAAUUAUCAAUCCCCAUGCUAUCCCUUCGCGAAUGACCAUUGGUCACUUGAUUGAAUGCCUUCAAGGAAAGGUAUCAGCAAAUAAAGGAGAGAUAGGUGAUGCUACACCUUUUAAUGAUGCAGUCAACGUGCAGAAGAUUUCAAACUUGCUCUCUGAUUACGGGUAUCAUCUGAGAGGAAAUGAGGUUCUGUACAAUGGCUUUACUGGUCGCAAAAUCACAUCACAGAUCUUUAUUGGCCCCACUUACUAUCAGCGACUAAAACACAUGGUAGAUGAUAAAAUUCAUUCCAGGGCAAGAGGACCUAUUCAGAUCCUUAACAGGCAACCUAUGGAGGGUCGAUCUCGCGAUGGAGGUCUUCGAUUUGGAGAGAUGGAACGAGACUGUCAGAUUGCUCAUGGAGCAGCGCAGUUCCUAAGGGAAAGAUUGUUUGAAGCCUCAGAUCCAUAUCAGGUUCAUGUAUGCAACUUGUGCGGGCUAAUGGCAAUAGCAAACACCCGGACCCACACCUAUGAAUGCAGGGGUUGUCGUAAUAAGACACAGAUUUCUCUGGUGAGGAUGCCAUAUGCCUGCAAACUACUUUUCCAAGAACUGAUGUCAAUGAGUAUUGCACCUCGAAUGAUGAGUGUGUAGUCAUCAAACAAUUCGCCUUUUCCUGAAAUUCCUAUUGCUUUAAACUUACUUUUUAAAUGUGUUUUAAAUCCCAACAGCUGUUGUGUUUUAUUGGAAGUUUUUUUUUCAGAUUAUGAAUGUGUGAAUUUCAUGCUUUAUGUAAAUAGAAAUAAAAGCUGUCCAGACA